AACAGAUGAUGUAAGAGGCGUUGUCAGCUGCACAGUUUCAGGCCUCUGCAGGCUGUUUAGCAUCAGAGAGGUGGAGUCAGCCUCGCUAUUGGCCGGAGGGGGAACAGAUCCCGACCCUGGGGACUGACACCACACCCAUCUGUAUGUGUGUGUGUGUGUGUGUGUGCGCGUGCAUGUAUGUGUUGUCCAGCAUAUGCUCUGUUGUGUUUCUUCUUCUUGUUCUUAGUGAAGAGCUGCUUGCAGAUUCUCAGAACUGGUUGAUGUCAUCAUGACUUCUUCUCCUGGCCCUAUUAUGACGACAUUAACUGAAACCCCUCAUCCUUUUACUGAGGACGUGAGCACGAUAGUGCCAGUCACUGAGCCAGACGACGGAGAUUUUGCAGCUUUAAUUGGAGGAGUUGUCGGAGCAGUUCUGCUGCUAUUAAUCUGCACAAUAGCAGUGUUGCUGUGGUGCCUGACCAGACAUAAAGGCUCAUACAUCACCAACGAGAUGGACGAAGACGACGAUGAGAUCGAUGACAACGACGACGAAUCUGUUGGUUCUGAUACGGCGCUCCAAAGCAGGGAACCUCUGAAGGUCAAAGAUGAGGAAUGAACUUGUAAAGUAUGUGCUGUCGAGGACUAAAAGAGCUUUGUAGCUUUGUUCCACUGAGGAGAUAUUUUUAAUCAACUUCCUUUAAGCUGCAUGAAGCAACUUUGCACGUUGCUGCCCCCAACUCGCAGCAAGACCUGACAUGUGAGUCUGUCAGCAACGACCAUUUUAUUUUCAGUGACACUGUUGGACGAAACAUGACUCUCGUGCAAACAAAACCAAUUUCUAAUCUCGAUAUUUACAGCUAUGCCAAUGUCACCCAGAAAGAACUUGAUUCAUGACGAGCAGCUGCCAAACUCCUCAGUGAAACUCGACUGUCAACCUGUAACACAACUUAACAUAAACAGACAGUGCUUUUGAUUUUAAAUCAGAUGAUUUGUUUUCUGGCCUCACUUAGUGCAAAAAUAUCCAACACUUUUUAAAAUCCAGACCUUUUUUCACUAUAAACGUUCCAUGCUGCCAGAGUUGUACCAUCCUGCAGAGAUAAAAGUCCUUAAAGUUGGAGCACUGUGUCUGUCAAGAGAGCGAAUGACUUUAUGACUGAUUCUCAUAGAUGGCCAUGAAACUCAUGAGAUAGAGAUAGCGACAGAGAAAAAGUGCAGCUUUAAAAUGCUUCAAGGUUUUCAGGAAAAUGUCUACAGAAUAAAAAAAACAUACAUUUCAGUGACAUUUCCUAUUAAGGGGAGACACCACAGGUGAAUUGUAUUUACUUUCCUGGCUGAUUAUUUACUUUGUAUUACGAGUUUUAUGUUUAGGUGCAAAUGAGGCUUUAUAUAAUUACAAAUGUGCUAAUUUGCAUACAUUUACAUACAUUAUAACUCCAUAAAUCAGAAAAUACUGUCAACAGCCAUAGAAAAUGUUGUUUUUCCAUAUUUUAUGGGUAAAAUGUUGUAUAAAUCAGGCUUUGAAUGAUAUAUGAACAAACCCCUCUGUAAAAACCUUCAGAAUAUAGACAGGAGUCAAACUGGAAUGUUUCAUGCGUGUAAAGUCUACUGAAGUGGAGAUUUCUGGCUCAAGGUCUGAGGAAAAUCAGCCUUUUAAGGAGACAUUUUGAGACACUACAGGUGAAUAGGGUCAAUAUUUGAACCAGUCACCUCCCUCCAAAGACUUCUUACGUGUCACGUGUACUGAAUCAUAUAUUUAAAACUUCACCUGCCAGCUCCUGUGACUCUUCCAAACACACAAAUCUGAUUUUUAACUGCAGAACAAACGUCCUGCCAAAGAGGCUGCAAGGCCAAACUAACCAAAUUACCAGACACUGGUAAACAGCUUAACUCAUGGCUGCUGGUGAUUUUCCACCCUGGCUGUUUGUAAUAUUUGAAGCUCAUAACAGCGAGCGACUUGGACUAACAUGCCACACUGUUAUAAAUCAGCUGGAAGAAUAAUACAUGUAUAAACACUUCACCAAGGGAGUUUAUAUUGUAGUUUUCCAACCUGGCUUCAACUGACGGUGAUGUUUACUCUACAUUCUUUAGCUAUCAGAGUAUCUGUUUGUAGUUUUUUAAGAAAUAUAAAGAAAAGAUGAUAAAAUAGAAAAUGCUUUUAGAGGUCCAAACCACCAAAGAGAGAAAGAGAGAAGAAGUUGUUGUUUUCUACAGUUAGAAGAACAAUUGUACUAUCUUGUCAUACUGGUUUUAAAUCUUUGUUUACUUAUUAAAAUCUGUUCUUGAGUAGUUUAACUUACUAACAAAUUAUAAUAAUAAAGUUAACAUUUUUUGACA